GUAGUGAUGGAUCAAGAUAUAUCCUCUAAGCUGCAAAGGUUUAUAUUAUCUGAUAAAGAAGAAGGGGGAUUAGUUCUUUCAGUAGAUGAUAUUGCUAUUGGGAUGCAGGAUUGUAGUCUGAGUCUUAUUGGGAAGAUUUUUGGUGAGAAAAAUGUUAAUUUUAGUGGCCUCAAAACUACAAUCAGUAGUAUUUGGGUCACUGAUAAACCCUUCUCAAUCAGGAAUCUGGGUAAUAAUAAGUUCCAAUUCUUAUUUCAAUUUGAACAAGAUAGAGAUAGGAUUUUAGAGGGUAAGACAUGGAACUUUGAUGGUCAAUAUCUUCUCCUGAAGCCAUGGAACUCUGAGAACAAUGAGUUCAGUGAAGAGGAUGAGAUUAUUAAAAUUUGGGUGCAAAUACUAAAUUUGCCUCUCCAUUGGCUAUCUGCUGACACUGGGGUUAAAUUGGGAAGAAUGUUGGGGAAAGUCUUAGAUGUCCAAGUUCCUGGCAUAGGUAACUAUCAUGGCCAGAAUAUGAAUAUUCUUGUUCAGCUCCCACUCUCAGAGCCAAUUCUGAGAGGCACAUUCAUCAAAAUGGGGGAGGAUAACAAAUGGGUGGACUUUAGAUAUGAGAAUAUCCAGAGUUUCUGCUUUUAUUGUGGGAUUAUUGGCCAUUCUGAUAGAAGCUGUGUUAAAAAGAACACAGACAUAGAUAAUAAUGAACUUCAGUUGGGUCAAUAUGGAGAAUGGCUGAGAAUUGGCAGCUCCCCUAAUAGUUCUUAUAGGAGUUUCAGUGGGGUCAAUCUGGGUAGCCAAGCUAGUACAGAGGCCACUAUCCCCACCCCUACUCACCCCAUAGCCAAAAGUGUGGUUGGUGAUAAAUGUAGCUCGGGGAACAUCCAUAGUCCCUCUCCUUCCAGCAAUGCUGUGAAGGGUAAAACCAACCUAGAAGGGGAGGGGUCUGAGAACCCUAACCUAUCUAAGGUGGUUUUGGUCUCUGAUUCCUUGACUCAAAAACCCAGUAUCCUUAACAAGGAACCUGAGGUUCAUGUUGAUGCUAACCUGGUGGAGGUUAAUGUGCAGGCUUCUACCAGUGGUAGAAGAAUUGUCCAUAGGAAAAAAACAGCUAGCACAAAGGAAGUGAGUACCAGUAGGCUCGUUGCUCCUGAACAAAUGCAUAUUGAUGAACCCAAUGUCAGUAAAAAGGGGCUGGGAAAGGGGAAUAAUAAAAGAACUAAUGAGGUAAACAAAAAAAAAAAAAAAAAAAAAAAAAAAAAAUUUGUAGAAUCUGUGUGUAAAAAACUUAAGUUAGUAGAUAAUUGGUUUUAUUUGAAACCUGUGGGUUAUAAAGGGGGGUUGUUUUUGUAUUGGUCUGAUAAAAUUAUGGUUUUGGAUAUUAUUCCCUCUGAUUUUGGUCUUGAAGUCAAAUUCUCCUUUGCUGGUAAUUCUGAUGUGUUUUGGGGUAUUUUCAUUUAUGCUAGUACAAGUAGGGAGAUUAGAAGCUCUCAGUGGGAGGUCAUUAUUAGACAUAGCUUAUAUUGGGGGUCCUCUUGGUUUAUCUGUGGUGAUUUCAAUGACAUUAUUGAUCACUCAGAGAAAUUAGGAGGCAUUAGGAGGGAGGAAUCUAGCUUCCUGGAUUUUAGAAAUCUUAUCUCUUGUUUGGGGGUCAGUGAAGCUAAUGUCAUUGGACAUCCCUUCACUUGGACUAAUAAUAGAAAGGGGGACCAAGCUAUUGAAGAAAAACUUGAUAGAUUCCUGUUUUCUCAAAAUUGGCUUGAUCUAUUUCCCAAUUCCCUUAUUAAAAUUAUCCCUGUUGCUUCCUCUGAUCACUCCAUUCUGUUAUUUGAUAGCAACCCGGGUUGUGAGGGUAGAAAGAAUAGGUUUGUCUUUGAUGCCAGAUGGCUCAAAUCUGAAGGCUUCAAUGACAUUGUGGUUGAAGCUUGGAAUUUUAUUGUGCCUGGUCAUGCAUUAUUUAGCAUUCAACAGAGAUUGAAGAAUGUUAGAAAUGCUAUCAUUAAGUGGAAGAAGAGGGUGAGGGGUAAUGCUAGAUGCAAGAUAGAAGAAUGCAGGGUGAAAUUAGAGAGCCUUAGGGCUCUUGGGGGUGAUAGAGAUUGGAGUGAGUGGAAUAGGUGCAAGAUUGAGUCCCAAUUAGCUUAUGAAAGUGAAGAGCUCUUCUGGAGACAGAAAUCUAGGAUAACUUGGCUUAGAGAAGGGGACAAGAACUCUAAGUUCUUUCAUGCUUGUGUUAAUCAAAGGAGAAAAUCUAAUUCUCUUGAUAACAUUGUUAAAGCUGAUGGCUCUAGAUAUGACUCACUUCUGUUCUGUAAGGCUGAUUUGAAGCAUGCUUUUCUUGUUUUUGAUAUUCUGGCUAAAUAUGGGUGUGAAUCUGGGCAAGCUGUAAACUUUGACAAAUCCUCCAUCUUGUUUUCUAAAAAUACCUCUGAGGGCACUCAGGCACAAAUCUGUGGAAUCUUAUCUAGUAUUAAUAGAGUCAAAUCCUCUAGGUAUUUGGGUCUGCCUUUAGGGAUAGGGAGAUCUAAGAAAGAAACCUUCAAAUUUGUGAGUGACUGUGUGAGGAACAAGAUUUUGAGCUGGAAAAACAAAUUUUUGAGUGAUUCAGGGAGAGAGAUUAUGAUUAAAGCUGUAUUGAGUGCUCUGCCUACUUAU